AUGGAUGUGAUUGAUCUAACAAUUGGCUCGGUGGUCCACUGGUUUCUCAAAGGCCUGCGUAUCGUGGUGGACCUGAGCUACAAGCCACCCCGUCGCCGCGGGACCUCACAGGGGGGCAGCGACUGCCACACGGAUUACGUGCACGUAGGGAAUGACGUCAGGCGCGUGGACGUCAGCGUGAUGACGUCAUUCAAAUUUUGCGAGGAAGACGCCGAGCAAGAGCUGGUGUCCAGAGGCAACCAUCUGUGGCUGGCUUACAAAGCUUCCAGAAGGCCGCAGAGGUUGAUGGUCCGGCUAGAAGCCAGAGCUCCAGCAACAGAUAUGGGAUCAUCUGUUUCCGCCUUCUUCUCCACAACUCAAGACCUCUUGAGUUCCCCCAGGCUCUCCAGCGGGCCUUGCUUCCGUUGCGGAGACGGCACUUGUAUACAGCCCCGCCUCUCUCUCUAUGACAUCAGCAACUAUGGGCGGGUCCUUUGGUACCUCUGCGAUGGAUUUUCCCAUUGCCCAGACGCAUGGGAUGAAAGAAAAGGUUGAUUGGG